AUGACAAGAGUGGAAAUCAAGCCAGGCUCGCCUGUCGAGGAAAGGCUAAUAAAGAGUGAAGAUUCUGGGGAUGAAACUCUGCAAAUGGAUUUACCGGAUAUCGCAGCAGAUAGUAUUUUCGAUGACGUAGAUGUCGAAGACGAAGAGUCUGAAUAUGUGGAUGGGAAUUUUGAAGGCUUGGUGUUCAUUAAUGGUAUUGAACACUUUGUUUGUCCAGGGUUUAAGAUCCGACAACUUCCUACGCCAAUGAUCGUCAAAAGGUCUUUAAGAAUGCUCUAUAAUACCAUCGUCAAGGGGAAUCUAGUAUUAGAUCCAAACUAUCAGAGAGCUAGUGUAUGGGACGAAGGACGUGCUUCUACUCUUAUUACUUCAGUGUUGAUGGGAUAUUUCAUUCCUCCAAUCGUUCUUAAUGUCCAAACAGUAAUCAACAAAUUGAAGGACGGCCGGAAAGAGGUGAAGCACAUGCGGAUCUGUGUUGAUGGAAAGCAACGCUUGACAUCGCUUUUUAAGUUUAUGAGUGGAGAGAUCGGAUUUUUGGACAAUUCACACCCGCCGAAAAAAUGGUACUAUUGUCAACCAACUAUCAAUGGUGUGUUGACACCGAGUAGCAACAGAAACAUUUGUCCAGAUGGAUUGAAGAAGUUUUUCGACGACAAGGUCUUCUGUUGCUAUGAGUACGACCAUCUGACACAAGAGACUGAAGAAACUAUGUUCCAGCUUGUCCAGCGGGGAAUUGCUUUAUCGCCAGCUGAGAAAAUGAGAGCAAUGUCCACUGAGUGGGCUAGAUUUACUCGCAUAUAUGAGGAUGAUUAUGCCAUGGUGAUCAACUUAUCAAAGCAAAGUCGUGCAUCAGGCUUUCGUCUUAUUCUCACUAUAUUUACUAUGAUUCAAGAAGUUCUAUCUGGACCAGCCAACGGUCGAAGGAGGAAAACUGUGCCCUCACUUCAAGCCAGUCCCCAAGCACUUAUGCGUGUCCUAGAAGAUCCAGAACCAAUAUCUAUGGGUCUCAAACUCGCUUUCAAGGACGUAUUCGACAGGUUUGAAUCACUGAUCAAGUUAUCGUCCACGAAGUUACCAGACGGCCAAUAUGAAGUCCAACAGAACUCAGUUUUUGAUCCCGCUCCCGAGUUUCUGAAGGAGGCGGAUGUGAACCAUGUCCGCACUUUCUCACCACUAGAGUUAGUAGCCACAGGUAUUCUAAUAUCGUACCAUAAAGACAGGCGAUCAGACGACGUUCUUCUUUCAGACAUCAAAUCCCUACGUCGCUUUCUACGAUUGAAACAUAAAGAUCUCAGAGUCAACGCUCAAUGCUGGGCCACGGCUUGGGAAUUCAUCUCUGAGCACGUUCAUCGAAAUCCCAAUCCCCUGAAUAAUUUUGCUCUUCGUUUACAAUCGCAUCGGGAAAAGAAUGGAGCUGCUAUCCCUACAGAGAGGGGUAUAAGGAGGGCAAGAUCGAAUUCGGAUUCCAGUACGCUGUCGAGUUUAGAUUCGUUGUUCGAGGCUGAGGUUGAGCGGGACCGGGAUGAUUCGAGUGAGGACCCGGAGAGUAAUUCUUCCGUGUCUAGUUCGAGUAAGAGGGUUUUGGUUGAUUCUGCUGGUAAUGAGUCUUCUAAAAGAGUGAAGAUGUAA